GCCCCGUCCAUCACCGCGCGGGGGGCGGGCCCGGCCAAUGGCGGGCGCGUGUGGCGCCCGUCACCGUGGCGACGGGGCCGGUCCCGGGGAGGCGGUGAUGGGUUGACAGGUGCGUGACAGUCGGGAGCUUCUCCGCAGGCAUGUACGGCAAAGGCAAGAGCAACAGCAGCGUCCCGUCCGACAGCCAGGCCCGCGAGAAAUUAGCACUGUACGUAUAUGAAUAUCUGCUCCAUGUAGGAGCCCAGAAAUCAGCCCAGACAUUUUUAUCAGAGAUAAGAUGGGAAAAAAACAUCACACUGGGGGAGCCCCCAGGAUUCUUGCAUUCCUGGUGGUGUGUGUUCUGGGAUCUCUACUGUGCAGCUCCAGAAAGACGAGAAACAUGUGAACACUCGAGUGAAGCAAAAGCUUUUCAUGACUACAUGGCUUUCAGUGGAAAAGAAAUUGUGAGAUUUCUAAGUGCUGCAGCAGCUCCCAGCCCAGUGCUAGGAAACAUUCCCCCAGGAGAUGGCAUGCCAGUAGGUCCAGUACCACCGGGGUUUUUUCAGCCUUUCAUGUCCCCGCGGUACCCUGGAGGUCCAAGGCCACCUCUCAGAAUACCCAACCAGGCCCUUGGAGGUGUCCCGGGGAGUCAGCCCCUCUUGCCCAGCGGGAUGGACCCCACACGGCAGCAGGGUCAUCCAAACAUGGGUGGGCCAAUGCAGAGGAUGACUCCUCCAAGGGGAAUGGUGCCAUUAGGACCACAGAACUAUGGAGGUGCCAUGAGACCCCCUCUGAACGCUUUAGGUGGCCCGGGGAUGCCUGGGAUGAACAUGGGUCCUGGGGGUGGUAGACCUUGGCCAAACCCAACCAAUGCCAAUUCUAUACCUUAUUCCUCAGCCUCGCCUGGGAACUACGUGGGUCCUCCAGGAGGUGGAGGGCCACCUGGAACACCCAUCAUGCCUAGUCCUGCAGAUUCAACCAACUCUGGAGACAACAUGUACACUUUAAUGAACGCUGUGCCACCUGGGCCCAACAGACCUAAUUUUCCACUGGGGCCAGGCUCAGAUGGACCCAUGAGUGGACUGGGUGGAAUGGACUCACAUCAUAUGAAUGGAUCAUUAGGCUCAGGAGACAUGGACAGUAUUUCCAAAAACUCUCCCAGUAACAUGAGCAUGAGCAACCAGCCUGGCACUCCCAGGGAUGACAGUGAGAUGGGUGGAAACUUCCUAAACCCUUUCCAGAGUGAGAGUUACUCCCCUAGCAUGACAAUGAGUGUGUGACCCGUUCACAUGUGUCGCCAUGAAGACCACAGUGAGUUGGCCCUCUCCAGAGAGCUACUGCAGAAGAAAAUUAUUCAUCCCAGUGUACAGUUUAACUAAAGGAUCUCAGACACAAUCAGACCCACCUGUUUGGUUUUUUUUCCCUACCAUCUCCCCUGUUUUGUCAAGACAGUGGGUCCCAAACAUGCUUGAGACAACUGUAAGGAGUGACAUGAGAGAAGUACCCGAGGUGGAGCUGCAAGCGCCUGUCUGUGUGUGUACACGUGUGGGUCAGCGUGGGGUGUGUGUGUGUGACACACCAAACACACACACACACACACAGACCCCAGGACACUGUAAAAUAGGAUCACAUGACAUCUUACGUAGAAAUCAGAAGUAGGGAAUUUUGUUCCAUUUUGGUUUAUUUUUCCUUUCACGUUUACAUUUUAAUUAUUAAAAUUUGCUUUCCCUCUCCCCUCCUGAACUGUUUUAUGUUGCAUAUAUCACUGCUUUGUAAGUUAUUUUUUAAGUUGAACUCAAAGGAUAAAUUCUUUUGAUUUUGUUAGUGUCUGCCAUUAUGGAUAGGAAUAAAAUUGCUUAUACGAGCUUUCAUUACCUUGUGUUUGAUACCAGUUUGAUACCCUGUGAAUCACAAAUUGUACUAUCUCAAGAAAUAGAAGAAAGCUCAUCUUAAUUUUUUUGAGAAAUGUAAUAACUUCCACCUAGUUUGGGGAUUUUUUUUGAUACUUUGCCUUUAAGAGGAAAAAAAAAGCACUGAAGGUUAUUUUUCUUCUUUAAUUGAAGCCUAAUAUCUGCAAUAUCUAUUUUAAAUGGAAGCCUGAAUUUGAUACAAGCUUCUCAGUUUAUAUAGAGUACUAUAAGGUUACUGUAAGUGAGCUCCAAUUGCUAUAGAAUCUAGCAAUAAAGUGUCAGGGCUUCUCUUGCCCUUGGAAUUGAGUUUUCUAUUUAGCAUGGUCUUCUGUAGAGGUGGUAGUUAGUAGAAAUACAGUAGAGUCCUUAUCACCAAAACAUUUUCUAACAACUUACAAUUAUGCUUCCCAUUUUCAGUGAUUCUCAAACAAAUAUGAGCAAUCCAUGUACUCAAUUAUAAGCAGUAUUUCCCAAGCCCAUUUAGAAAAUCAGGUCACCCUGCUGCUUGGGUGUGUUUUCUUUCAUAUCUGCCAGAAUUAAUUCCCACAAAACUUUCCAGUCAGCAGCCUUUUUUUUUUUUUUUCCUUUUGAGCCAAAAUACCACAGUAAACUUUUUAUGACUACUAGCUUUGUUGUGAGGAUGUUACCUUUUGCCAUGAACAGAAGAGGAACAAAGGUCUGGGCCCUUUUAUAAGGAGGACAUACAGUUAGAUAUGAAAGCAGGGAACAGAAUGCAGCAAAAGGCCUAAAGGAAUCACUUCUGGAAGCAUUCCCAUUUCUCUUCAGGUAGAGCGCUGAACAAAGAUUAUGGUACAUUUACUUAGUUCCUGAUGAUUUUCAGCUCCCCCAAGAAAACAAAGGUUUUCAGUUUGUAGUGAUAGAAAGGCUGAUGAUUGGCAAUGCAAGCACAAAGUUGCUCAGCAGAAAUUCAUGCCACAGAAAAACAGCAAAUUCCUCUCCUUGGACUUAAAUCCAGAAGAGCUACUUUCAGAGGAGGAGCAGUUCUGGGAUGUGGUAUGUCCAUAUGCAAAGGGAUUUUCUUUCGUGAACUUGUGAUAAAGGAGCAUAUGUGCUGGGCUUGUGAUGGUAGCUGAACAUAACAGGAUGUGUAAGGAAUACUAUAAUCUCCUAACUAAUUUUUAUUUCCAUAUAUUAUAUGUGUAUAAUAUAUGGAAAUAAAAAGAUUUAACACUUUACUCUCCACUUAGGGCUGUUAAAAAAUUAAAGUCUCAAAGGAUUAAAAUUCUGUUGAAAUAUCAAACAUUUUGGUAGCAUUACUUUUGAGAAAGAACUACUUGAUUAGAUGUAAACAUGACCUAGAUAGUCAUUAUAUGGUUUUGUAGGCUGUAUUCUUAUUGAUUAUGAAGGUCGCAUUCAUUUGCUUCUCUUCAGAAAACAUUUUGUUCAUGUCUCCAGAGAUGCUGGAAGAUCCUGUUAUUGGCUUGAGUCACAACCACAAAAUCAGGUGUAAUUUCCUCAGACCCUUUGCUAUUGUCACUAAAACCACUAACACCCCAUUACAUCCAGAGUCCAGGUGUUCUUGCAGCCUGUGUUUGCCACCUGAGUUAUCUGUGGUAGCCUUCCAGGGACCUAAGGACUCUUUCUGGCCCAGUUUCAGUCAGAAGAUGUCACUGCUGAUGGACUAAGGUUGAUGGGAACAGUGCAUCAAGUGCCAAAGCCCAUUCCCAGGUCAGUGAGUUGUUAGGCACCUUGGAAAAGAUGGAAGUCUGACCAUUAAACCUGCACAUGGAACUGAUGACACAGAUUGGAUAGCAUUAUUAAAACACAUUAUCCUCACUUUUGUACAAGAGCAUAACAUCCUUUCAGCACAUAAUUUAGUCACUGUGUCCUGUAUUUCUCAUACCCACAUAGCCCCACAGGCAGCAGCUGAUGUCACUAAUGCUUUGUCCAAGGCUUUACCCAGCCUCAGGCAGACUUCUGGAGAGGCCAUGUUCUGCAGCUGAACCAUUAGAAAACAAUCUUAUGUGUUAAUUACUCAAUUUCAAAAUUACACCUUUGGAUUAUUUUUUUUCUUAAUAUGCACAGGGCUUUUUGCUUGUUCAUUUUUCUUUUGCUUACAAAACCUUGCAGGAUUUUCAUGGUAUCUGGAGUAUCAAUAUGGGAAGAAAGAUUAUUCCCAAGCACUCCGUUUUUGCUCCCACUUACAUUUCUUAUGCUCCAGAUUCCAGAAGCAAUGUAACUGCUGUUUGGUUCUGUCCUUAUGCAAGAGCACUGUUGAUAAUGUCUGAACUUGUCCAGCUCUGGUAGGAAUUUUAUUUUAAGUAGUGCAGGGUUCUCUUCUCACACUGGGUUUUUAGAUAGACCUUGCUCUUUAGUAUAGAAAUAAAUAGAAGGUGGUUCUGUAAAUGAGUCUUUCAGGAAAAGUUGAAAUAAGCCUUUUUAAAAACAGAAGUUAUUAAAUCUUAGAGUACCAGAAAUGGAGACUAAGGGAUCUCAUACUGUGACAACUCUUGCAAAUAUCCCAGCUUUGUAGAAAUCAGCUGAAACUGGAUUCACGUGUGAACUUCACAGUGAAACCAGGGUCCUACUUGCUGCUUAAACCAAUGGAAAGGAGCAUUCAGACCCAGAUGUAUCCUUCACAUCACCCAGAUUUUAUUGCAUGUCUAAGUCUUGUGUAGGCAAGAACAGGGUUUGAGGCAAGGAAGAAGCUGUCUGAAUCACAGAUAAAGCAUGUGGCCUGGCAUGCAUUAACAAAAUACUUAGAUAUUUGCAUGUAGGGAUUAAAUUAUUUUCUUAACUACCUGAGAAUGAAGAAAAACUGCAGUUGCACUUCCACCCUCCAGAAAUUCCAGGGUUUUUUGGGAGCCCUCUGGUUGCAGAGCCCUGGCCACCCAACAUGUCACGUGUUCAGAGACAGUAACAACUUUCAGGCUUUCAGCCUGUUCCUCAUAAUGUAGGAUUAAAUGUUCCAUGUCCCAGGACAUCCAGCUGUUCCUUUCCCAUCCAACAGGAAUACUCAGUGAGAAAUAUAUAGGCUAAUCAUUUAUUUUAAAUAAUUCCACUCCAGAAGAAGUGCAUAGAAGUUUGCUUCUUUAAGGAUGCAUCAACGGACAGCUUCUUGAACUGCCUAAAACCAAUUGAAUUUUCCUCUAUUCUGUGGCUAGCAAAUGCAAUAUUGCAUGUGCAAAUGAUUUGGAAUCAAAUUUAAUGAGGAACCAGCUGUUACAAUAUUUAGUGUUGAUCACUUUAUUCAAAAUUACUUUUUGGCUGAUACAUGUUGCACAGGUUUCUAUUUCUGUAUCAGUUAAUUAUUAAGUGUUUUCCCCUGUUCAUUCAUAGUUAGCUCUGAUCCAUUGUUGCUGUUGUUGUGGCUAAGUAUGGAUUGGAUUCUUCAGUAUUUGACCCUACACAUAUGCAUUUCAAGAUUGUAAAAUAUACCUUAAUGUAAAAAGUACAGGUAAAUGCUGUCAUAGACACACUUGGGUUUGCUCAGGCCUUAAGAAUGGGAAUCCUGACAAAGCACAUCUUUCAAAUAAAACUCAAUAAUUUUGUUAUCUCACAUUGAGGAUCCAAUUCAUGAUUUAGUGAUUCAAAACAACUGUUAAAAUUCAGAAAUAAAUUAGUUAGGUUUAAAUUUUGCUGUAUGCAGCUCUCUCUACUUUUUAGAUAUUAUUGGCACAGUUCUAUAAACUACUGCUUGUGCCAGUUCUGCUGAAACUUUGAUGAAACCAUUCACAUAAGGUCAUUUUCUGGAUACGAUUUCACCCCAAUCUGGGUUAUAUAUUUAACUUAUCUGUGGUGUAACAUUAUUUGGCAGAUGUAAAAACUGAGUACACAGGCAAAAUACAGAGGGUCUGUUGAAAUUACCAAAAUGAUGUUUCAACCUGAAAAAUGAGAGAAGAGUGUUUAAAAUACUGCUUUGAGUGCACUCUUGUAUGGUGGCUACAUGUUAGAAACAAAUUACAGUACCAAAUCUUAAAAAAAUUAAUGGAUCAUCUACUCAGCAUGUGAAAAUUCUGAUUCUGCCAACAGCUUCACCUUGAUUUGAAACUGAGCCUGCACAUAGUUAAUUUUCAACAGAUCUAAUAAUACAGGUAGUAUCCUUCAGGAAAUUAAAAAAGUAGGACUGUAAUAAUCUAAACCCAUGCUUGAACAUGGACAGUCUAGAACUAAGAUUAAGUCUUUCCUAAGCAGACAUUCAUAUAUAGAUUUUACCCGUGCAGGAGCAUGUUUAUGUAUCGAUAGUACUGACAUGCAGAGCAGAUUUGGCUUUCUUCUGUUUCUUGCUUUAUUAGAGCUUUGUUCACUAUUACAUGAACUAUUUCUGUGAAUUUGUUCUUCCAUCUUGUUUUCAGUUGUGCAGCCAUAGUUUCCCUCAACAUAGCCAACAGCUUUGCAGUUUUAGUCCAAACUUCUGUUUGGUUGCUGCUCAUCAUUUAAGCUUAAAAUGUGUAAGAAAACCUCUCAUGUAAUAGGAAAACUGGCCAGAAAAAUGUAUAAAGGUUUUCUUGGGUACAUGUUUUCAAAUUUAAUAAAUACAGUUUUCAGUUAUAAUUUGAAAUGGUCACUUUCUAGCUACUAUUUCAGUUUUGUGUGCAGAAGAAAUUGAGAGAGGAAAAGAAAAUCACCGUUUUUUUCUUUAUUUUAGUUCAGCAUUGUAAAUAUUUGCUGAAAGACAUGGUUUCGGGGAAAUCAGAUCAAAAAGAGAUUUGCUGCCUAGUUGCUAUAAAUAGUACAGCUGGACUUCAUGUUGAAAGCUCCUUCCACAUCCCCAAAAGUGUGCAGCUUGACAUCUGAUUUGUGUGACCUUGUACAAAGCCUAAUUCACAAACAGUGGUUUAAUUUGCCUGGUCAGUGUUUUCAGUGUGUCUCAUGGAUGAUUCAGGGUUCUGUGGUCUCAGAAGAGCGACUGAGUGGUUGAGCAGGCUUGUUCCCAGGGUCAGGUGGCUCAGGACUGGGCAAUUAUCCACCAGAAACAAGGUGUUCGUUCGCUACCUCGCUGUUCUCUUGAGAACUUGCACAACUCUUCUUGCCGUUAGGUUCUGGGGAUCCUUUAAAGAUCUUACAAUGCUGAGACAAGAGGCUGGGUUUUACUAAGAGAAAAUUCUGGCAGUUUUAGCAUCAGUUUUCAUAGGGAAACACCAUAAAACAUGGGGAUUUUGAAAGGUGAUGUGUUCUCAAUAGCCUGGGUGAACUAGGAAAUAGACUGUACGGUCUAGGAGUUUGGGCUAUUAGAGAGAUACUGAAAUCAUCAGUAAUUGCUUUUGAUGGGAAAAAUUAUUGUUGUGGAACAAUUGCUCUGAUCUCUGAGGAGUCAAAUUGUCAACUAGAUGAACUGGAUAUUUUAGGCUUUAUUUCUGUUGUUUUAAUCUACGUGUUUUAGCCUCUCUCACUUGGACUUCCCCAUUAAAUGUACUGUGCCAGAUCUUUGCACAAAAAUAAGAGUAUUUUGCCCAACAAACAUGCAGGAAGUUGUUCACAUCUGUAACUAGAGCCCUGCUGUAGAGAGUUCAUUUCAUUAGAGAGAAAUUGAGUAUAACACCAGAUAAGGAGUGGCACUGCAGCAUCCUGAGAGCUCUCACUGCUCAAGAUCAGGAAACUUAACCCAUAUACUUGCAAAUUAGACUAGAUGGUUCCUAACAAUGACAGAAGAUAGCUUGAAAGAAAAGCUGAUUCUCGUCAUGCAGACUGGAGGAAAAUAAAAUUCCAAAUACAGGAUAUACUUAAUUGAGGUAGAAAAAAAAAACCUAAGGCUGUCUGUAACAGAAGCACGGAUCACAUCCAGUAGUUUAGUGGGAAAGCAAAGUGAUGUUACUAAAUUGUUGUCAAUAACCAUAACAUCUAAAAGCAGGUAUAAGCUAUGUUCAUUUUCAUUUUUCUAGUAUCUUUUGUUUUUUCUGAUUAUGUUGUAGUUUUGAUUUGAUUUGCAUUUACAUUAAUGGAUAAGGAAGAGAGCACAAGUUCCUAAAGUAGAGCUGGAAUUAGAGACAUGGAAGAGUGGUGUGAGUAAAGCUGGAGUUUUCUGUUAGUUAAAAAUCAAGUGAAUUUUUAUAUCAUAUUUUUCCAGGACAAAAAGCAUACAUAAAAUAAACUUUGGCUCUGUCAUGUCUUUGAGAAGUGUGAAUCCAAUUGCUGUGUGUGCUUGACACCAGUUUUGAGGGGGUUUUUUUUUUCAAAUAUCCCCUUGGAAUACAUCUAUUUUAUGCAUGUUUGGCUAAAACCAGAAAAACAAAGCACUUUUUUAAAUGGAUUUCUGUACACACAUCUGGUUCUGGUGGGAAGAGGAGGAAGAUUUGUUAGCUGGUGGGUUAGCAUAUUUAUGUGAAUUACUUACAGCAUUGGUAGACUACUGUCAACUUUGUUCACAUUGCACAAGAUACUCUGUGUUGUCUACUGCUGGCGUUAUAACCUCGGUGAUCCAUGCAUAUCCUGUAAAUUCCUGUAGGUUUUGUGUAAGAAAUCUUGCCACCACUGCUUGCUACUGUAAAUUCUUGUUUUGAAGCAAGAGGUGGCAUUUGACUGUACAGCCAUGUGUAUUAUAUACUGCAACAGUCCUUGUUCUGCCCUCUGAACUCACUGUCCACAUAGAGUUGAAGCUCUCUUAAGCACGCUUAGUGGUUUCAGAAUUUAUUUCAAACAGCAGAUCUAUAAGCCAUUUACUGGAAUAUUAAAUGUAAUGUAAGAUAAUUCAACCCAGUUCAUAUCCUUUCUGAGAGCUUGGGGUUGGAUUUGAGCAGGCAGCUGCAGGUUUUGUGGUGUCCCAGGUGCCUGUGCCUGCACACCUGAGAGGGUCACACCUGUGCAGUGUCCCCUGGAAAAGGGGUGCCCCAGGCACUGCACGUGGGCAGGCUGCUGCCUUACACAGAUGUGUGAGCUGCUGUCUUUUUUAUUCCCCAAAAACUGCAGCAGUGCCAAGACAGAAGCCCAUCUCUAAGGGCAUACGGGAGGCACAGCACUGCCUCUGCAUUGUGUCCUCAUCCCCACCCACCGCAGGCUUUACCUGAGGUGGUGUUUUAAGGAGAUUUGAACUCUCUGUCUGGUUACUGAGAGAGAAAAAUAACCUGAAUUCUGGGACUCUGCAUUCUUUUUUACAGUAUUUUAUGAUAUACAACAAAGACCUAAAAAUGUCUGUGUGUUCUUUGCUGGUUUCUGACAUCAGAAUUUCAAGUCCCAUCUAGUCUGAAAGGCAAUGAUGGGAAAAGUGAAGAAGCCUGGAAAGUUGAAGGGGAUUCUUACUUGGAUUAUUUUAAAUUCUGUGUUUCUAUUGAUAGUUUAGUUAAAUGAGUAGGCUAAUCUUUAGAAUCAAGGCAGUCUUAAUGACUUUGCACCUUCACCUUUCAUGUAAGACUUUGAGAACUUGCAAUAAGUGUUUCUCAUGCUUACAGUCCAAUUUGUAGAUAAAUUCCCUGUAUUUCUAAGAUCAAAAAAUAUUUCUACAGUUACUUCAGCCCUUUACAGAAAACAACAGGGCAAUCCCAGUCCCAUAAUCCCAAGUAUUUGUAGCUGUAUUUUAGACAAAGAAUGACUUUCAACAUCAUAAAUGAAACUAAUGUUCAAUGUUCCAGUCUCUGGAAGUAAAGGAAACCUCAGUAAUUUUGCAAACCAGCAAGAGUGAAACUUGUCUAUAUAAAUAUUAAUGUAGAAAGUGCAUGCAAAACUUGAUACUGCCUCUGACCUUAAUUGUUACUAUUGAUACUAUUGGGGAUCUCACAAAUGUGUGUUUCAGAACGCUGUAUUUCUCCUCAGUGUAUGCUUCAUCCUCAUUACCAACAGCUCCUGCAAAGAGCCAGCCCAUGCCAUAGCCAAGGCGUGGGGAUGCAGAACUCCCACAGCACCAUGGAUACAUGGACAUGUGUGCGUGUUGUAUUAGGAUGAGUAACCACUCCAGCUGCAAACCCCUCCAGACCUUGUGCGUAACUCUCCAGGGCAGCCUCUGGGAUGUCUGGGAGGGCUGCAGUCCCUGUGCACCAGAGCUGCCUGGCAGCAUUCCCAUCCAAAGUGUCUCUGGGUCUUGCUUUGGGAGAUUGUCAUGAACUCAAGCCUCACUGUUUAUUGUGUGAUGAGCUCCUUGCCAGACUGUGAGCUGCAAAGGCAUGGAUGGUGUGGGUCACUGACCCAAAGCGUGUCCGGCUUGGAGCCUCAGACAGGGCUGUGACAGACUGGAUUGUCACGGUGAUACUGUGCCGCUACAUCAGACUUGUUUCCGCUCCACACUGUGGCCUGAUUCAUCCUGCCCUAAUUUCAGCUGGCUAAAAAUUACCAGCCUGGGUCUCUUGUGUAAAUCAGAAGACAGACACAAGUGGAGAUGCCUCUGGAAGAUUGCAUUGUGGCAUCAUUUGCCCUCACCACUAAUAAACAGCCGGAAUUAGGUAGGAUGAAUCCAAGUGUGUACAAUUUGCUUCUCACACCUCUACACAAAAGUGUAUUUAUUUGAGUUUGGAAUGGGCAAGAAUAAUGCAGCUCCUUUGAACCUGAAUCCGAGUGACUUACAGAUGACUUUUUCAAUUCAGUCUCAAGCAUGAGAUUUCUGCCCUGUAGUGCUAUUUUCUUUAUUUUUACUUCAAUUUUAAUGAACAGCUGUAGCUUGAACUUGCAACUUAUUGGAACAUUUCUAGAGAGAUUACCCCUGCCUAGGAAUCCUCACCUGUAUUUGUUAAGUGGGCUUCCUUGUUACCUGCACUGAUUUUCACUGGAAGCAACACAGGGAGAAACCAUUGCAUAGAUCAAUCAACACCAGCAAUAGCAUAUGCAGCUUUUAAAUUCGGCUGUGAGCUUGUAACUAAGGUAUUAAUGUUCAUACUUUCCUGGUGCUGCUAAAGAUUCCUUUCCUGAGAGCUUCAAGGAAUAAAUUUAGGAGGUUCUGGUUGAGGAUUGUGUGAAUACAAGUAGUAAUAGCAGUUUAUGGUAGGGUUUUGGGGGGGAAACUUGUGAUAAACUUGUUGGGAUUUGGUGUGCUGGUUUGAAGAUGAGGGAAUAUCCCAUGUCAGGUAGAGCAGAUAUGCAGGCACUGUUACUGCGGGUUAGCAGAGGCCACUUCCAGCAGGUUCCUCCUCUAGUUCCCCUUGAUACCUUCCUCCAUUACCUGCCGGUAUGAAAUCCUGAACAGCAGUUGUGCCAAUUGUUGUGGCAAGCUGAGGAACAGCUCAAGGUUAAAACUCAAACAUUGUAGCUGCAACCUUCAUCAAAUGUCCACAUUCUCAGAGCUGAGCUGGGACAGCAGUCGCCUCCACAGUUACCCUGUAAUUUCAUCACACAAAAGUGGUGUCACUUUUUAUGAGUUUAACAGGAGCAGUAUUGAUCCAUUCACUUUGUUUCCUAAGUUGUGAGUUAUUCGCUGUUGGAAAUGACACAGAUCUUGUGUAGCUAUGAAUAGAAAAAUAGAGCUUUGUUUCUUAUGAUGAGCUGGUACAGUUCCUGCUCUGCUGUUCAAUAUUUUUGAGUGCUAAAGUUAACCGAAAUGCUACCUUCAUGGUUUAUCUCAGCCUGAGCUCUGCAUGAAAAUGGGUAUGAAUUUCCAGUUGCUGUUCCUGGUUUCUCUGUGAAUUCUGAGCCAAAGGUAAAGCAGUGGGAAAGAUUGUUGUGGCAGCCACUCACUGACAGCUUUUCGGAUGCAUAAAGCCUGUCUGUCAUCUGACAGUGUUCCAGUUUUCUCAGUGGGUCACCAUGUUGUUGUCAGCCAGUGGAGGAAAGGUGGAUAAACUCACCACCCGGGAAGAGUAGAAAUGUAGCAAGUAAUGAGCUUUGUUCUCCAACAGUCCUUUAUUUGUAGAGCUUCACUUUCAAUUAACAUUUGUACCUUCAGUUAUUAUUGUACCAUUCAAUAUCUUGAGGUGGUAUGGGCAGAAAUUUAUGAAUAUAUGUAAUUUACCAGAAAUAUAGGCUUGUAUUGUGCCUUUGUACUUCUCUUCAGCUUCAGUAUAUAUACGCUACAAGCAGAUGAACUUCCUCCCUCUUUUGGGGUGUUCUUUACUACAACAGUAGCUGAUGACUUCAUUCAUAUUGGCUCUUUAAGUCUUCUGGGGCUAACAUUUGUUUUUCUGAGUGAAAAUGCCAUAGUGCCCUCAGCAGACAUAAGCACAAUGACAUAACACUGCAGUGCAUGCUGUCUCUUAGCUUCUCUCUACACGUGUUUGCAUGUUGGAAAAUCUGAAGAGCUGCUGUAUAAAUUGCAACAUUAUUUACCCAAUACAGGUGGUUUUCUGCAUCUCCUUUUUGCUCGAAACUGCCACUAACUCAGAAGUUAGUGAUGGCUCCAAGGGAAGUUUUGGAAGCACAGAGGAUGCAGGGAGCAACUCUUCAGUAGUUUACAGGCUGCUAUAAAUGUCUUUUCAGCAACGAAAUGUAGCAUUUUAGCAGUAAUUUCCUAGUGAAAACACUGAGCGUGCUUAUCACUUAAGAUUUUAAGGAAAAAAGUGUCAGACUGUGUAGUUGUAUCUCAUAUAAUUUUGACACUUAACCAGUUUUAUCUAGAUGUUCAUGCUGUACCAACCAACACAGACCUGAAAGGUGACAGCCAUGUUUUUGUUACACAAGAAGUCACAGUUUUCCAGAGGUUCUGCUUUGGUUUUUUGUUUCUUUACCACAUUUUCACUGCAGAGGUAUUUUUCUAUAUAGUUACCUGAGGCUUCCUUUCACCAACCAAAAGAGUCUGUAGCCCUCUGCACUGUGAAAGGCAAAGCCCUGUGGAGAGACACGGGCUUCCACUUGCCCAGCAAAUUAGCAGAAAUUUCACCCAAGCCAUAAAAGCCUCUUAUGUUAAUCUCUGUUUAUGUAAUUAAAGCAAUUAGGGAUAGGAGCUUCAGGAAUAAUGAGGUCUCUCUAUCCUCCAUUUACUCUCUCUGUGCUUCAUAGGGAUUUAAGGGUUCUUUUUUCAAGGCUCAGCUGUGUCUCUUCAAACCAGUGCAGUCUAAGCAUCUGUGAGAUGCAGUUUAUGGAGAUAGCAUUGGAGCGUGAAAGAUUUACUUCUGGUAGCAAGGAAAAACGCGUGUCCCUGUGGACAUGGACACUUGCAAACAAGUCUGAUACCGAGAAUUAAAAUAAAUGCUUUCAAGAUGGUACCAGUACAUCAGACUGUUCUACAGUGGGGUUUUUAGCUUUUGUCAUUUGUAUUUUAUUUUGUGAAAAAAGGAGUUGGGGGGAUCUCAGAUUACAUGGGGAAUAUUAGAAGUAUAUCACUCAACAAUCAUUUUAUAAAGUCUAACUUCAAAAUGCACUAUGAUUUAUUACAAAACUCUAUUUUCUUCUGUUUGCCGAUGACAUGGUGGUUCCAUUUUGUGAUAAGUUAAACUCAGCAGUUAAUUUGUUGCACUGCCUGGCUGCAUGAAUUCAUCCAGUGUACAUACGUACCUGUGCAGCAUUACUUUUGGGGUUUGUAUUUGAAUUUGCAGUAUUGAUUAUUAUUUUUGUAUUUUACUUUGCCUCUGUUAUUGGAAUUGUAGUAAACAUAAUUUAUACAUAUGAUUUUACAACUGUUUUGCAACUGAAAAGUCUCCUUUAAAUUGUAAAGUUUUAUUGAUGGAUACUCAUUAAAAUGGUAUAAGAAUUAUAUUAACAAUUGUUUUGUGUUUUGAUGCUCUCUGUAUAUAAAUAUAUGUCUAUUUAUCUGUUUAAUGGUGCUUGUGUCUUGCAAUUUUGGAUACAUUUUAGAAUAAAGUUUCAUUUUACAAGAAGUAGUUGUAUUUUCACAAGCUGUGUCCCAAAAAACCCGCAACCAAACACCUUUUUUCCAUAAAUAACUAGGGUUAUAAAGAAGCAUACAUAAAACAUUUAUAACUUCAGGCAGUAAUACAUUUGUUUCUAGAAUGUACAAGUAUCCUCUCUACAGAAAUGCACAGCUCUGUACUGCAGCUGAUUUACUGCAGUAGCUGACAUCUGUAUUUAAAACAUUCCCAAAACAAUGCAUUUUGGAACACUUCUUCCUAGCUCUAAUAGCUUUACUUUACAGAAGAUUUAUUCACAUGUAAGGCUGAGCUAAUCAUUUAGUAACAGGAAAAGAUGCACAAAGGUGCUUCCACAAAGGCUGCCUUAGGUCUGGCUGCCUUAGGUCCAGCUACCUCGGUGAUGCCACAGGUGCUGCUGUAGCUGUGCCACAGAAAGUAAUUUCAAGUGGGAAACUAUUGAAAAGCACAGAUCACCUCUCUGAACUGUGGCCAGAAGCUUAAUUUCUCUUUUUCAGCAAUGAAAGGAGAACAGUACCGACUUGGCAGGUAUUACCUGAGCACCAAAAGCUCUAAAACACUGUUUUAAUUCAAUGGAGACUCUCUAAGAAACCACAGGAGUCAGCUUCAGUGGUUCCUUUGCAGUCCAUUUACGCUACUUUAGCUUCUAUCUCCUAUAGCUGGAGGGCAAAGGAAAUGCUUGUGAAAGCAGAGAAUCAUUUGAGAAACUCAUUUUAGAGUUCCCUGGCCUCACUGCCCAGAUGUGUCUGCCACUGGCACUGCUUAUUUGUACCCCCUGAAUGACCUCUUUCCCCAAAGGCCAAGUGCAGAUCAGAGGUGUGAUUUUGAAACAACACCUUUCUCUUGCUCCAGCUGCUUCUCUUUCCCCUCACCCCAAGCAUGUGCUCCCCUCACACUGCAGGUUUUUCACGUGAGCAGAUUUCUAUUUUACUUUGCCCCCCUGUAAUUCCAGCAGCUUUGUAGCUCCUCAUCUCACAGCAAACAAGAGAUCCAUAACAGGCCAGGCACCUGAUCUUUGGGACUGUGCUUAAGAGAGGUGCAGAAAGCUACCCAUGGAAGAACAACAAACAGCACUGUCUUAGAGAAUGCCUGAGCGUGACAAAAUAAACCUGAAAACAAAUCUACAAAUUGCUGGCCUAGGCAGGCAAAAUACAAGUUAAGGGUUGGGGUUUUUUUAAUAGGAAAAUGUUCCGUUCUGUUUACAGAAUUUUUCUUCUAGCAUCUAGGAUCCACAGUGUGAGAAACUGAUACUCUGAGUUUUUGUCAUCUGGAUUGAGCAGUUGAGGAAGGAGAAAACACUGAGUGCAAACCUUUUAGACAUCCUCUUCAGGUAGCAUGGCCAAGGUGUCUCUCUGCCAUGACAGUCUAGUUUUUCUCUUCACAGAAGCCAGAGGAGAGAGAAAACCAGCAAAUUCUUUUUUUUCCUGAAGCAACAGAACAAAAAUAAAUGUAGGGAAUAGCACAACAUGCUGAUUUUCAGAGCCAGGAUCUUCUGAAAUGUAACAAGUGAGAUGAUACAGCCAUGGUGUGGCUUGAUAAAAAGAGUAUGUGCAUAGAAACAGAGAUAGUGCUAUAGCAGUGCAAUGAUAGGAACAGACUGUGUGGGAACAGAACCCCUAGUGCCUGAGAAACUCUUGGUUAAAAUUCAAAUUUUCCUCGCUGUUACAGGUUAAAGCUGGAUCCUUAACAAUGUUUAAAUGAACAAGUGUUCAUGAUAUAAACUCGUGGAUGUAUGUUUCUGAGAAACAUGGGAAGCCCUCUCUGGAACAGUAACUACCAAGAGGAAAGGUUGUAAAGAAGGGCUACAGGAAACAGUCUUGCUGCUGCUUUGAAACCACACAGCAAAAUAGUGAAAUUCAAGCUUUGCAUUCUUUCCUGAAAACCAUUUACGGUUUAUACCCUCUGCUACAUUGCAAUAACACAUCUGCCUCAUGAACAGCCGACAAGCCCAGGCACUGAGCAUCCCCAAACUGGCCGAGUCUUCCGUAGCAAUAACACUGUAUUGCUGGCAAUAGUAAAACUUCCACCCUCCUGACAGCUCAGAAGCCAUUGCUCUGCCCUUGCUCAGUGGUGCUUGUAUUUUCGCAGUGUGCAGGAGCAGCAGUAUCCUACCAGCCAUGUGAGGAGGUGGUAAGAGAGGGAGUUCUCUGUGAGCUCUCAAGCUGUUGACUCGUGCAGGAAUAUGUGACCGGAGCUGUGCCACAGAGGAGGGAAUCAAAACAUCCAUGCUGGAAAUGCCAGUGGUUCCACUGCCUCUGGAGAUGGGAACGUGUUUGCCCUGGUGUCGUGGUUGCAAGGGAGGUGAAUUUUUUUUCCAGGGGGAUGUGGGCAGUCCAAUCAGUAAUCAGCUUUUCUGCUGGCACCUGGAUUGGUCACUCGGAGGUUUGGACACGCCUCUGAGGACACAAAGAGUUAAAAGCAGGACCCCCAAGGGGGUUCGGCCUCUUUUCAGAUCCUGGUUUCAGCAGAGAGAUGUCUCAGGUCUCCUUCCCCUGCCCAGCCACGAGGCUGGGUGGGGGAGGGGAAACACGUGGUCGGCUCAGGUAAGCCGGAGCCCCCGCGGGGGGGAGAAGAGAGGGGACAGGACUGGAACUGAGCUGCCCCGUCCAGGAUGGAGGGGUGGAAAACUGUGGAAGUGCCUUCUGUGUGUGCUCACCCCCCUCCACCCCCAAACUCCGGGAGAAGGUGCCCAGCCACGUGGGAGUUGUGGAGCCUGGGAGUGCCUGAGCCUGCACCCUGCCGAGAAAAAACUGUUAACCCCUGCUUGGCAGAAAGAAACUUUUCUUAGACAUUGAUUCUCAUGACUGGUGGUUUCGGAGAGAGGGAAGCCGCCUGAGACCAAGAUGAUAAAGCACGAUUGGAAAGAACCCGAUGGAAGAAUGAGAGGAGUAGCCUUCGGAGCUGGACUUCUCUUGCAUAAUGUCAGCCAUGGACUGAACUUAAGUCUCUUUUGAACAUAAACUGCAUUUUUGGGUGGAUGCAGCUGCCCUUGCUUUUGCUACAGUGACUGGCACUUGAAGAGUGGAGCGAGCAGAGAAAAGAGGGGGAGGGUGUGGUGGUGCCCUCUGCCCUCAGGGCAGACCUGCUCCUGGAACCCCGGCCCCUGGGUAAAAAGGGGAGAGCUCAGCAUGCAGCAUCCUUAAAAGAGCCCUGUAUGUAGUUUUGGCCUAUGAGACAGCGGUGAGAGCGCUGGACAUAGGAAAAAGAGAGUGUCACCCUGGCAGACUUCUCUGGGCGGUGCCACGGGUGACAUGGGAACACAUAAGGAGGAGACCUGUGUGUUCUGGAGAACAGUCUGUGGUGCGAGAGAGACUCCUCUCUCCCUUGCUGAAUUGAAGAUUAGUUUUUUUUGAGUGGUGAUUGUUUGAUCUAAAACCCAAAGGUUUGUCUGUGAAAAGUGAUGGGUGGGGAGGUAGAAACUGGGAGAAGAAAUGUUCUAAGAAGUUUUUAUUUCUGUCUCUGUGUGUGUUUAAGAGUAUUUCUGUCCCUGUUCUUAUGUAAUUAAUAAAGUUUUGGUGGGUUUUUUUGUUUUCAA